AUGCUGAAGCAACUCUAUGAGGCAUCUAUACAACAUAUUAAAAGGCAUCCGGCGGCCCCAGUGGAGGCCCUAGCGACACACCACCGUAAUGUAGCUCUGGGCUUCCUGCAGCAAUUCUCGACCUUCGGGGUGGAGGUGUGCGGAUGUAGGGCUCCGAGCAGUCGAGCCCAUAUGAGGCGCGCUGUAUGGCAACGGACGGAGUGUGUGAAUCUACCGGAUUUCGUCAAAGCUGAGACAGCUCGAGAUCCCAAGUUCCUCAACUACCUGGCGGCCCUGGCAGCCAUGGAGUGUCCAGUGGUGAUCCCUAGCAAGAGCCUGGUGAAGGUGGCGGCUCAAGAGUCGGCCCCUCGGAAGAUCAUAUAUGCUAGUAAGAGGCUCAGACGGUGGAUCGACUUGACGGAAGUCCAUACGUGUCGACAGUGCAGCAAGAAGGACCGCUGCUCCCUCUUCAAGGUACUACCCCCUGAGGAGGAGGGGGACGGUGAGAAGGCUACGGUGGGAGAUGUGGCUAAGGUGCUCUUCGGCCUUGCUCAAGUGUGCCGAAUUCAUAUACAGCGGCCAGACGUGUACCCUAUAUACCAUUUGAGUGGGUCCACCUUUGAGGCGGCAUCUUACGUAUUGGAGAGGAUGUCAAUGUACUUACGUGAAACCUCUGACAUGCGGGACAUCCCUCUGGCUGAUAGGAAGACCGCGGGGGAGUUGAUGAAGCAACUGGCGAAGGAGAAGUUCCAGAAGAAGGAAUUGGAGGAAGAAGCCAAGAAGUACAACAUGCCUCAGUGGAUGGUCGCGAUGUUGAACCCUUCGAGUGAGCACUUCCCGAAAAAACUCAGCCGAAAGCAGAAAGUCAUAUACAAUCAAAUGAAGGCAGGGGAGGAGGGAGAGGCGGACGAGUGGGUUGAGGAGGAGAGGGUUGAGGGAAUGAUGAAACCGACAGUAGUGUUGGAAGAUGAUAAUGUGGAGCAGCCCUCUGGGGCGCCUACUGGGCAUGGCAGUGCAGAAACUACUCGACUAUCGGACGGGUCACUAAUACAGCUGGACUCCUUGGAUGAUAUACCGGUCACUCGGAGGUUCGAACAUAAGUUGCGGGAUGAAGACCAUGAGAGAAUACAGUUCGUGAAUAGGCAGUACAUGAAGUACCAGAAGGCGGCCCAGUUGGAGUCGGAUAAAAGGAAAGAGAACAAGGUCAACUUGGACGAUCUCCCCAAGCAGCCCAUGCAUGAGCGAGGGGUUCAGAGUGGGGGUUAUGUCGAUGUGGCCCCGGAGGAUAUCGAGAGGAUCGGCAAUGGGGAGGCUAUACGGGAGCAACGGGACUUGGCCACUCUACUAUGUUCAUAUCAUGAUGACCAGGAGUUGGGGGAGGGGAGGCGGGCAGAGGUGUUGAGGGAGAUGCAGAGGAUAGUUAGGGUGGAUCCGGUGGCGUCCCAAGGGGUGGUGUUCUAUAAGAACCCGACGGCCCUGUCCAAGCCGGGAGAGUUCCUCGACCUCUACCCCAACUUCGCUAAGCACCUCUGGUCAGAGUCAGAUCGAUUCAAAGAGGAUAAGAUGCUAUCGUUCCUUAAACGAGUGCCACUGGAUGCAAUGUCCGCAGCAGGACGGGGGCAAAUUAGUGGUGCGCGACAGAGUCCCUCGAAGAUCCCCAGGGAGAACCUCCUGGACAAAGAGGAUGGGGUGGAAGUGGCGGCCCCGGACCGACGGCAGCUACUGAGUGCGGAGGAGGAGGAUGUGUUGGUGGAGGCUAAGCUGGCCUUGGAGAGUAUAGGGGAAGAGGAUGCUUUCGAUCGAGGGCCGGGCAUGCGAGAUGCAGUCCUGCAAAUGGCGUUGGAGGAGAAGCAGGAGGAGAUGGGUCGACCGGCGGGAGGUGGCAGGAGGGCAGAUAGGCGGAGGGCUCGGGAAGAGGAGGAGGGGAGGAGUAGGAGGGGCCGUGAUGGAGAGGACUUCAGAUUCGAUCAGUGGACCAAGCUUAGAUCGAAGGAAUCGUUGAAGUUAGUGGAGCCAGAUAUCGACAUAGGGACCUACCGGACCUCCCCUCUAGCUGCUCCCAACUCCUCCAUGCCGGACCCUGGGGCGACGAGUGCCAUCGAGGAUGCGGUACAUGCUACCGAGGCCAGGCCUGACUGGUCGCCGGUAUUGGACACGUCCUCGAGCCAGGCGAAGAUGGAGGCGGCGAAGGCGGAGAUGUCGGGUAUACGAGAUGAAGGAGAUCAUAUAGCGACCAAGAAACUACGAUUCCCCAAGUUGGCCUCCCUUAAUCCCCAUCAUGAGCCGUAUUAUAGCAGAGAUAAACCAACGGAAACUGUACAGCAGAAGUCACGACCAUCGGUCGCGGUCAGUCCCCUCAAGUUAGAACGAUCGAGGUUGGGCAACCUCGAUCGUCUUAUGAAGAAGGACCAGCCAGCAGCGCCCUCGGGUGACCAGAAGCCCAGGUUCAAGAUGACAAGGAGGUUGGACUCGACGCCGGGAGGUGACCCUGUCGUACAAGACCUGGCCGACCCGGCUAACUUGAUGGACCGACUCACUACAGAGGAGGUUAAUAGGAGUUCAGCGGCACUCGAAAGGCUGAUGAAGAAGCAUAGGAAGCAAGAUGCGGCCAUCGAGAGGAGCAAGUCAGCUGCUGGACCAGGGCUGGGAGGCUCUGUGGAGCCGAAGGAGCGACGGCGACGGCCUCGAUUUUCCCCGACUGAGCUGUCAGGGACGUGGACUGUAUCGCGUAAGCGCUGA